CUCUGACCACACCUGUUUCAGCAGAAGGUGGGGAAGGUUUUUUUCGGAAUCCAGCCCUAGUUACACCUGAACCUGGGUGCGUCGUGCAGUUCUCAUCUGUUCAUCGCGGCGUCCUGAGGCAUGUCAUACCAGCUGCCUUCGCCCGGCUCCGUCGCUCCGUGCGUGUGCAGCCUCCACGGCAGCGCCUUGAUCAUCUUCUGCGAACGCUGCCGGGAGCUGCUCUGCGAGGACUGCCUGAGCAGCGACGCGCACAGGAACCACGGAUUUGUCCGCUCGCGGGACGCCUGUAAGGAACAGAUCGACGAGGUCACAAAACAAGCCCAAAAGCUGACGAUCAAGUAUGCAAAAACAGGCGACGUUAUCGCACGUGUAUCGAAAACGAAGAAGGACCAUGAGGAGAAAUUUGACAAGGCCACAACGACUGUGAACAAAUUGUACGAGGAACUAAGAAAGCUAAUAAAGAAGAACCAGGAACAGGCACUGCUUCUGAUCCAAGGGCUGAAAGAGAGCAGGGGAAAGGAGCUGGACAGGUUGGCCCAGGAAGUCGAUAAGACCAACCAAAGGGCUACUGACAUCGGCAAAGCUGUGGCUCAGCUUCGACACAACCUGGAAGGCAACAGUGUGUCCACAUUAUUGGAAAUCAAAGCACUACAAAGUAGUAUUGAAGCCGUAGAUGAUUUCUACAGGAUGCUUGAGGAAAAAACGGAUGCAGACACCACAAGGCUGAGUGCACUAGUGAAUUCUGUAGAGAAAAUUCUCCAGGAGAACCAGAAGCUGCUGCCCCGGCCAUGGGAAUUUGCAGAGAACCUGACUUUCGAUGAGAAGACAGCUGACAACAAUUUAUCUACAUCAAGUGACAAAACCCAGGUCCGCUAUUUCAACAAGCUUCCAAGCAAAGGAGCAGAGAGCUUUGCUAACAUCCUGGCAGCUCAGUGCUUCACAAACGGCCGUCACUACUGGGAGGUGGAGGUGAAGGGUGCUGAGAGCUGGACUGUAGGAGUCGUGGAAGAAGGCUGGCAGCAGAAGGGCAAUAGGCAUGCACUUGGUGAAGACUGCCUGUCGUGGGCACUGCAGCUAGAUGAUGGCAGGCUGCUGGCCUUACAUAAUGAUGAUGCCAUAAACCUUAAAGGGUCUGAAUUUGAGCGUCUAGGCAUCUUCCUUGACUAUGACAAGGGACAACUGCAGUUCUACAAUGUGGUUAUCGGACAGCCUUUGCAUAUUUUCUACAAAAAGUUCAAGAAUUCCAUCCAGCCUGCUUUCAGCAUUGGCCAUGAAAACGGUACCAUUUCACAGCUCGUCCUCUGUCACCUUGUGCCUCAGCGCCAGCACCUGCAGACAAACCUGAACAAUGAUUCUGAAACCUUGGUUUGAAGUGAUUGUUGGAAGACCCACUUGGACAAAACUUUUUGACCUGGGACAUCAGCGCACUCCAGCUUAGAGGUCAUCAGCAUUAAAGUAGCCAUUUUAUCAAUAUACAAAUGAUGUGUAUGAUAUUUGGUAGUAACAAAUUGCACAUAGUAUUUUCAUGUCUUAAUUUUAUUUCUUUCAUAUUCACCAUUUUUGCAUCUGGUGUUUUAUUUUUCAUAAUUUUUAAUUCCUAAUGAGAUGAAAUAAUAAUUAAACUUGAUUUUUUUUUUUAUUGUGGUAGCGGUGUAUUCCUGUUAUCUUUAACAUUUAAAUUUGAACGGUGCACAAUUUUGUCUCAUUAAGUAAUGCCAGUGAACUCUAUGAAAUCAAUGAAGCUAAGGCAUUUAAAAUAAUUGUACUGAAAACUGAAUGAUUUAUAAGUCAUGGUAUUGCAAAGGUACAGUAUAAUGUGUGGCGAAUAAAGGCUUUUGUCAGUACAAACCAGUUUCCAUUAUUCCAAAUGUGUUUGGUCCUACAGUUGAGCCUUGACAGCCCAAAGUACCAGCUCACCAACCUGGAAGCUUUACAGGCAGGAUUUAGUCACCCAGUAUCACUGCCAGUCAACCUCUUUCUGUCUGAAGGACUCAGUUGUCAUAGCCCACUGUUUUUGGUCCACAUUUUUGCUCCCUGUCAGACAGCUGGGAGGGAGCAAAAACGUGGACUGUCUGUUGGCCCUCAAGGGCCAGAUUGGGAACACUGUCACUGAUACUGUCAUAGUCUGUUUAAGCAUACUAUUAACUGUAAAUUGCAUACAGGUACUGUGGUGACAUUUAAGGAUCGGACAUAUGUGGUAUUUCUGGUUUGCUGACAUAGUGGAUGAUUGUAGUGUGCAUAUGUUUUGUGGUAUGCUUAGCACUUAGAUAACACAAAAACAGUAAUACAUCGAAAAAAUAGCCACCAGAAGUUUGUUGUGUAUAACAAAACAAAGAAUAUAGAAGAUAUAAACCCAUUGAGGAUAUGUAGCAUGUAUUUUAAUGACACUAGUAAUAGUAUUAUUGGUACUUUUUUUGUAUAGAUUUUUUAAAUAACUAGAAGAGAAUCUGGUUAAUUAAAAUUCCCACUGUCUUAACAGCAGUAAAUAUCGCCUGCUAACAGAAUCACU